UUGACCGGUUUGGGCCGUCCCGCCUGCCACUCGGCUCGGAGCAGCUGCUGCGGGUGGCGGCUGUGUCCGGGAGGGCGCGAGAACCAGCCAGGGCGCCGUCGGGGCUGCGCCGCAGUAAUGGGGAAGGAUUCGCAGCAUUACUACGGCAAGCAUGGGACGCCUCAGAAAUACGACCCUACCUUCAAAGGACCCAUUUACAACAGGGGCUGCACAGAUGUCAUUUGCUGCGUGUUCCUCUUCCUGGCCGUUGUGGGCUAUGUGGCUGUGGGCAUCAUAGCCUGGACCCACGGAGACCCUCGGAAAGUGAUCUACCCCACUGAUAGCCGGGGCGAGUUCUGUGGGCAGAAGGGAACAAAAAAUGAAAACAAGCCAUUCUUGUUUUACUUCAACAUUGUCAAGUGUGCGAGCCCCCUGGUCCUGCUGGAAUUUCAGUGUCCCACCCCUCAGAUCUGCGUGCAGCAGUGUCCGGACCGCUACCUCACUUUUCUGAAAGCACGGAACUCUCCUGAUUUCGACUAUUACAAGCAGUUCUGCGUGCCUGGCUUUCAGAACAAUAAAGGCGUGGCUGAGGUGCUCCGGGAUGGCGAAUGUCCAGCGGUUAUCAUCCCCAGCAAACCUUUGGCCCAGCGGUGCUUCCCAGCCAUCCAUGCCAGCAAAGGGGUUGUGAUGGUGGGCAAUGAGACGACGUAUGAGGAUGGACACGGCACCAGGAAAAACAUCACAGAACUGGUCAAGGGUGCCAAGGAGGCCAACAAGAUUCUAGAGGCCCGGCAGCUGGCCAUGCGGAUAUUUGAAGAUUACACUGUAUCCUGGUACUGGAUCAUCAUAGGUUUGGUCAUUGCCAUGGUCCUGAGUCUCCUGUUCAUCGUCCUGCUGAGAUUCCUGGCAGGCAUUAUGGUCUGGGUGAUGAUUGUCAUGGUGAUCCUGGUACUUGGCUAUGGCAUAUUUCACUGCUACCUGGAGUACUCGAAACUGAGGGGAGAGGCAGGCUCUGACAUCUCCCUGCUGGAUCUUGGCUUCCAGACGGACCUCCGAGUGUACCUGCACUUGCGGCAGACAUGGAUGGCUUUCAUGAUCAUUCUAAGCAUCCUGGAAGUGGUCAUCAUCCUGUUACUCAUCUUUCUUCGUAAGAGGAUACUGAUCGCCAUAGCCCUCAUCAAAGAAGCCAGCAGGGCUGUGGGACAUGUCAUAUGUUCCGUGACCUACCCGCUGGUGACUUUCUUCCUCUUGUGUCUCUGCAUUGCCUACUGGGCCAGCACCGCUGUCUUCCUGUCCACCUCUAACGAAGCUGUUUACAAGAUUUUUGAUGACACAUCUUGCCCGCUUUUGAGGAACACCUGCAACCCAGAGACCUUCCCCACAGCAAAUGAGAGCCGCCUGUGUCCCAACGGCCGCUGCCAGUUUGCCUUCUAUGGUGGCGAGUCGGCCUACCACCGUUCCCUGCUGGGCCUGCAGAUCUUCAAUGCAUUCAUGUUCUUCUGGCUGGCCAACUUCGUGCUGGCACUGGGCCAGGUGACACUGGCUGGAGCCUUUGCCUCCUAUUACUGGGCUAUGCAAAAACCUGACGACAUGCCUGCCUUCCCCCUCUUCUCUGCUUUUGGCAGAGCUCUCAGGUACCACACGGGGUCCAUAGCCUUUGGCUCCCUCAUCCUGGCCAUCGUGCAGAUCAUCCGAGUGAUCCUGGAGUACCUGGACCAGCGUCUAAAAGCUGCGCAGAACAAGUUUGCUAAGUUCCUCAUGGUCUGUCUCAAGUGCUGCUUCUGGUGCCUGGAGAAGUUUAUCAAAUUCCUGAAUAGGAACGCCUACAUCAUGAUUGCCAUCUAUGGCACCAACUUCUGCACCUCAGCCAAGAAUGCCUUCUUCCUGCUUAUGAGAAAUAUUAUCAGGGUUGCCGUCCUGGACAAAGUUACAGACUUCCUCUUCCUGUUGGGCAAACUUCUGAUUGUGGGUAGUGUGGGCAUCCUGGCCUUUUUCUUCUUCACCCGGCGGCUCAGAAUCGUGCAAGAUACGGCCCCACCUCUCAAUUACUACUGGGUCCCGAUACUGACAGUGAUCAUUGGCUCCUAUUUGAUUGCACAUGGCUUCUUCAGCGUCUACGGCAUGUGUGUGGACACGCUGUUCCUCUGUUUCUGUGAGGACCUUGAGAGGAAUGACGGCUCUCAUGAGCGACCCUACUUCAUGUCGCCCGAGCUGAGAGACAUCCUAUUGAAGGGGAGUCUGCAGGCGGGCAAGCAGGAGGAAGUUGAGGAGGAGUAGAGAGUGAGGGAGACUGGCAAGCUGGCCAGGGGGCCUCUGGAGACCCGUGGAGGAUCUGGAAAGAAAUGACGGUUCAGCUGAGAGGCCUUACUUCAUGUCUUCCACUCUCAAGAAACUCUUGAAUAAAACCAACAAGAAGGUAGCAGAAUCCUAAGGCAUCUGCCUCCCGCCCCUCUCAGGAAGCUUCGACCGGGAGCUUGCUCUGCGGCUGGGUCAGAAUGCCCAGCUCCUCGGACUUGCCUAAAGUCACAUCACUGCCUCUCUGCCACCUUCCCUGAGUCCCCAUUUCCAGGGACCUAGAAGAGUUGGGGCAUCUCUUCUCUAUGCCAAAGGGCGCUUGGGAGUUUUUCAGUGCGGCCCUGGAAGAUGGGACAGAGUGGGUCUCUCCCGUCCUCGCUGGCUCUCAUGGUGCCAAUAUGGUGAAGUUACUUGAAGUUGA